AUGGAAAACAGCACGCUCUCUUUUUACUUUAACUUCACUAUGUUCAUGAACAUUGGAUACUACCGUUAUCCAGCCUUUGUUUUCUGCCUUUUGCUUUACAGCUUUAUUGUCUCUGCAAAUCUUGCCUUGAUCUUGAUCAUAGUAAGGGAAAGAACACUGCAUCAGCCAAUGUAUAUUUACAUUGCGUUUUUAUCUUUCAACUCUCUGUAUGGCUCCACUGGUUUUUUCCCCAGGUUCCUCAUGGAUAUAUUGUCUGAUAAUCAUUUGAUCUCUCGUCCUGCUUGUUUCACACAGAUUUAUAUCAUUUACACUUACGCUUCUUAUGAACUGACCAUUCUGAGCAUUAUGUCAUAUGAUAGAUAUGUUGCUGUUUGUCAUCCUUUACACUAUCACAGAAAGAUGAACUCUAAAAAAGUCUGUAUGUUGGCAAUUUUGGCAUGGGUCAGUCCAGCCUGUAACCUCUCAAUAACCAUUAAUAUGGUAGUCAGGCUUCCCCUGUGUGGAAACAUUAUACAGAAGGUUUACUGUGCCAGCUGGAAUAUUGUAAAAUUGUCUUGUAUGCCCGCUGCUGUUAACAAUGUUCUUGCACUAUUGGGGGCCAUCGUGAUAGCUUUCAUUCCCUUUGCUUUUAUCCUGUAUACUUAUUUGAGGAUUGUUAUUGCUUGUUGGAAAAACUCAGUGGAGGUCAGAGGAAAAGUAAUGCAGAGUUGUUUACCACAUGUUAUUUCAUUUGCGAUUUAUUCCAUUACAUCUUUCAGUGAUACAGCCUUGAGUCGACAAAAUCUUGACAAGAUAAAUCCAUUUGUGGCUAUAAUUCUGUCUAUAGAAUUUAUUAUCAUUCCCCCAGUUCUAAAUCCUCUUGUGUAUGGCCUGAAAUUACCAGAAAUUAGAAGACAUGUUUUUAAAAUACUGUUGUGUAAAACUCAAAUCAAAAAGAAUUCCUGUAGAACAUUACCAGAGUCUAUAGUGACCGUUUGAGU